AAUUUUUUCUCAAAAAAUUCAACUAGCCCAGAUCAGAUUCAAUCGUCUCUGCCAUUGGCAAAAUGGUUUUUUCUUCACUAAUUCGCUGUGCCAUUGCCAAGAGGCUCCGCUCUACGAAGCCCCACUCCGUCUUACCAUCUUCUUCUUCUUCGCUUCCUACUGCUACAGCUAGAUGUUUUCACCACGUUGGUGGUGGUGGUGGUGCUGGUGCCGAUCCCAGCGGCGGCUAUCAUGAUAAUAGCAUGGCGAUUCCCAAGAGAGGAUAUCAUGUGAGCUCAGGUGGAUUCAUGCGUGGUGUUGUUUUUAGGGAGCCCAAUAAACCUCUCACCAUUGAAGAAUUUCAUAUACCUCGUCCUAAAGCGUCUGAGCUUCUAAUUAAAACCAAAGCUUGUGGAGUUUGCCAUUCUGAUCUCCAUGUUAUAAAAGGAGAACUUCCAUUUGCUAGUCCUUGUGCUCUUGGGCAUGAAAUAACUGGUGAAGUUGUUGAACAUGGGCCAUUGACAGAUAGAAAAACUAUCGAAAGAUUUCCAAUAGGAUCUCAUGUUAUUGGAGCUUUCAUCAUGCCUUGUGGUAACUGCCUGUACUGUUCUAAGGGCCAUGAUGAUUUAUGUGAGGAUUUCUUUGCAUUUAACCGGGCAAAGGGAACUCUUUAUGAUGGUGAAACUCGGCUAUUCCUCCGCAGCAGUGGAAACCCAGUCUUCAUGUACAGCAUGGGAGGCCUUGCUGAGUAUUGUGUAGUUCCAGCAAAUGCAUUGACUAUUUUACCAAACUCAUUGCCAUAUACAGAAUCUGCAAUUUUAGGAUGUGCAGUAUUUACUGCUUAUGGUGCCAUGGCACAUGCAGCAGAGGUGCAUCCUGGGGAUUCUGUUGCUGUUAUUGGAACUGGGGGUGUUGGCUCGAGUUGUUUGCAGAUAGCAAGGGCAUUUGGUGCUUCUGAUAUUAUUGCUGUGGAUAUUCAGGAUGAGAAACUACAGAAAGCUAAGAUUUUUGGUGCAACUCACAUUAUAAAUGCAAUAAAAGAAGAUCCUAUUGAAAGGAUUAGAGAAAUAACAGGGGGAAGAGGUGUUGACAUUGCUGUGGAAGCCUUGGGCAAACCACUGACAUUUUCACAGUGUACACAGAGUGUUAGAGAUGGAGGGAAAGCAGUGAUGAUUGGCCUUUCACAAGCUGGUGCUGUUGGGGAGAUAGAUAUAAAUCGUCUUGUUCGACGAAAGAUUCAAGUGAUUGGGUCUUAUGGAGGAAGGGCAAGGCAGGAUCUUCCCAAGUUGGUUAAACUUGCAGAAACAGGUAUUUUUAAUCUGAAGAAUGCUGUUUCAAGAAAAUACAAAUUUGAGGAGGCAGACAAAGCAUUCCAGGAUCUCAACCAGGGAAACAUUGUUAGUCGAGCUGUAGUUGAGAUAAUGUAGUUCUUCUUCCAAGCCAAAUUUCCCCCUUAUAAUAAAGAGGUAUCUAUUUGACUAGAAUUUUGGGCACCUUUAAGAACCUGGCGGUACUCUUGCUGUUGUGAUUUUUUUCUUUUUGCAGUGGCUAUGAUUCAGAUCAUCUUUUUGGUUAUCUUAUGCCAUUAUUCUGCAAGCUGUAUCCCAACUACAGCUCCUUUGCUGCCGGGCACUCGCGUACACAUUUUGCUCUAACCCUUUGAAGUAGGGUUUUGAUUGUCUUUGGCUAGAGAUGUAACGUUGUUUGUGCUGUACAAUUUACAUCUUCCUCUUAUUUCUCAUAAGCAUAUUGCAAUUGGAAGUUCAUUGUUCUAAGA